UUUUUAACAAGGAAAAUGGCGUCCGCUGAUUCUCAGCCGCGGUUCGGGCAGUCUGUUAAAGGAUUAUUGUCCGACAAGGUGGGCUCCUGUAGCGGGGACGUGAUUGCGUUGACCCGCCAGGUGCUGAAAGGAUCCCGCAGCCAAGAGCUUCUUGGCCAAGCAGCCAGGAACAUGGUGAUCCAAGAGGAUGCAAUUCUGCACUCUGAAGAUAGUCUGAGAAAAAUGUCCAUCAUAACAACUCAUCUACAGUACCAACAGGAGGCCAUCCAGAAGAAUGUGGAGCACUCAAAGAACCUGCAGGACCAGCUGACGCAUCUGCUGAAGUGAUGCAGCAUGACGACAAGGCGUCAUCACAGGAGGUUAAUGUAACGGUGCUUCCUGAGGCCCCCUGCUGGCCUGUGGGACGGUGCAGUCAUCACCUCAGCGUUUGCUGCUGUAGUGCAGACAGUGGGCUCUGUCACCGGCUCUUGUGUGUCACAUUCAUGUUUGAUCAGUGAAAUUAAGUUGGCUGUUUUGGAUGAAUUGCACAGCUGGACUGGUUACAUGCGAAGUGUGUUUGACUUUUUAAAUUGAAAAAGUCUAAAGUGUUUUUGUGGGGCUUCAUUCAGUGGAUGAGAAGGACGGGGUUAAUCGCUCCAGAGGGUUAAGAAAGCAGCUCUUCAGGAUGCCACUGGCGUCUUAACACAGAUUUUGAUUCAGUUCCGUUUAUUUUAUAUUGCGCCAAUUUACAACACACGUUAUCUGGAGGCACUUUAUAUAAAAUGUAAUUUUGAUCCUAGUCAAAUUUUGAUCCUAGUCAAAUCCUGUCAAAUAGUGCAUCAAGAUCAGUCCCUUAUUGGACUAAUUCAAUCCCAGCAGGUUGGAUGGAGUCAUUGACUUGCAGAAUUCACCCCUGGUCUUCUGGGGGGAGCAGACAGUGUCAUUGACUUCUACAGCAUGCAUGUAGCGACGGUGGAGAGAAAGAAAAAAAAAAAAACAACCCUCCCCUUUAACAGGAAUAAACCUCCAGAGGAACCUGGCUCACUACGAGACGCCAUUUGCCACAACUGACUGGUGGUUUGAGAAGACAGAGCAGAGACACAAAACAGAAAUGAAAAAGCUGAAAAGUUCUACGUUAGUGAAAAGUAAAAAGUUCAAGAGGAGAGGGAGGAUGAUUAGCUGAUGGUAGCUUUAUUUCAACCCUAUGCCCUCCUCCAGGAAGGAAUCACAGCCUCAAGAGAAUGACAUGUAGCUGGAUUGGCUGCGUCAGUUAAAAUAACACAAAUAACGCAAAUUGGAGCGUUAAGUAAAAGAAGAAGAAGGUAGAUGGGGAUUGGGUGCAACAUUCAAUUUGAAGGUUUAGAUCAGGCGUGUUGAACUCGGUUUCAUUUUGGGCCAAAUCAAAAAUCUGACCGUUCUUAAAGGGCCGGUUGUGCCAGAAUGUGUGGAUGAAACCAAUUAAACUGUUGAAAUAUCAAUAAACAGAUGUUUGUU